UGUAUUCCAUUUAAUUUUAUGGUUUUCUUAUUAAGUAGAUAAAUCUCUUUAAUGAAUACAGCAUCACAUAACUGUUGCAAUGCCAGACACUAUCAUAAGGUAAAUAGAUGAAUUAGCUGGUGUGAUUUAAAUGCAUAUUAUUAUUUAAUUACUGAACUGUAAUGUACUGUACUUUGCUUUUAGAUCCGAAGCCUCCACCUAGGACAGAUGUUGGCUCUAAAGGCCUGAAAAUUAACCUGGAGACAAACUAUUUUCCAAUCAGUGUUAAAAAUAAGUUUGCAGAACUGGUUCAUUAUGAUGUCUCUCUAAAAAAACACAACAAAGAUGCAAAUCUUCCACGAAAAACGAAAAUGGAGAUAUUUGAAAAAAUGAAGAUGAUAUAUGAAAAGGAUUUCAAGAAUUACCCACUUGCUUAUGACUCAGAAAGGAAUGCAUACAGUGUGGGUGUCAUCCCUGCUCUUCAAACUCCUGAUUGCCAGAGUACUUAUGAGAUUGACCUUGAGGAAUCAGAUGGCAAGAGGACACAAUACAAAAUUUCACUAAUGGUGAGACAUCGUGCCAACCUCCAGGAACUUACGGAGGCACUUAACUGCUCUGCUCGUGAACAGAAGACACUUCCAUUAAACAUAUUUCAGGUUAAUAUAAGUUACCUAGUUUUUAUAUAUUUUUUCAGGGGUGGAUCCAGGGGGGGGUCCUGGGGGUCUGGACCCCCCUUUUCAUCAGAAAAUUUGAAUACUUAUUCUUUAACACAUUUUGAUGGAGAUGGAUGUCACUGGCCCAGUAAUGGUAUACUGUAUAUGAAUCCUGAUAUACAGUAUAUAAUUUUAACAAUUUGGGUUAAUUUAGAUAUUAACUUUAUCUUGUUUGUUUUCUUGAGUAUUUUACAGAUGGUUGAAGUAAUGUUUCGUCAUUAGCGGGCCAUUAAGUAUGAAUUGGUUGGUCGUCGUAACUUCUACUCAGCAGGAGGAGAGUUUGGAACGCCAUAUCCAAUUGGAUGUGGCAAGGAAGGUGUGACUGGUUUUUUUGGGUCGAUGAGGCCUGCAUCUUGGAAGGAUGGAUCUCUCUUACUGAAUAUUGAUGUUGCACACACAGCAUUCUAUAAAGAACAACCUCUUCUGAACUUUAUUCAAGACUUCAUGAAUUUUAGGGAAGAUGAUUUUCAUAGACCAUUAGAGCCAUUUAAACAAUCAAAACUUUUGCAAGAACUAAGAAAUAUUAGGGUGCAAGUUACACACUCCAAUAUCCCUCGCACUUACAAGAUUAUAGAUGUUUCAGAACAUUCUGCUGAGAAACAAACAUUUCCUUUAAAAGAUGAGAAUACUGGGAACACAGUUUACUGCACCAUUGAAAACUACUUCAAGAACCAAUAUGGAAAAAAAAUUAAGUUUCCAAAGUUGAACUGUGUACAAGUGUCUCCUGCUGAAAGGAAUGUGUUUAUUCCAUUUGAGUGCUGCAAGAUUUACAAAGGUCAAAGAGUGGUUAAGAAGCUUAGUGAUCGAGAAACUGCUCAAUUUAUUAGGACAACAGCUGUUCCACCAGCAACAAGAAAGAAACAGAUAUGCAAUAUUCAUCGCACCAAUGACUUUACUCAAGAUCCAAUGCUGAAGAAUCUGCAGUUCAGUAUAGCAGAAAGAGUAUGACCUCUCCCGUUUCUUUUAUAUGCAGUAAUCACCAUUUUAUAUAUGAACAUACAGUAUACUUUUCCAUUGACCCAUUAGGCUUUGAGCCAUUUUAUAUA